AUGACAUCGAAAAAGACGGAAUCUCCCGAGGAGCAAAUGGUAGAAGUCGUCCAAGGCGACUCACAAAUUGUACAGAAGCAUGAAGUCUUCGACCUUGCCAACGAGAUCCGAGAUGUUCAGCCAAGUGCGAUCACGCCUACCAUGUUCAAGCUCUAUCUCAUUCUGUCCAUUGGCUACUUCUGCAUCAUCCUUCAGGGCUACGACGGCUCCCUGAUGGGUGCCAUCAAUGCGAUGCCCCAGUAUUUGAACUAUUACGGAUUAAAAUCCGCAAGUUCUUCCACAGGCCUGGUCUUUGCGAUCUACAACAUUGGAGCUAUUGCAGCGCUGCCAAUCAGUGGGCCAAUCAAUGACACUUUUGGGCGAAGAUGGGGCAUGUUUACCGGCGCCGCUUUGGUCAUCUUCAGCACCUGUAUCCAAGCCCCUGCGACCUCUCGGGCGAUGUUUUUGGCCGGUCGGUUUUUUGUCGGGUUUGGGCAGGGUUUUCUCAAUGUGGCGGGAAUCACCUAUGUCAGUGAGAUGGCACACCCUCACUGGCGUGGUCCUCUUUCGGCCUUUCUCGAGACAAACUACUUUGUCGGGAGUAUCCUUGCCUCCUGGGUCACCUACGGAACCGCCUACAUGGCAGGAACUAUUUCUUUCCGCCUUCCAGUCUGGCUCCAGAUGGUCAGCUCCGGAUACAUCGUGCUGGGAGUGUUCUUCUGCCCUGAGUCGCCGCGAUGGCUCAUGGCUCAAGAUCGAUACGCCGAAGCUGAGGCUGUGCUGGCCACAUAUCACGGCGAAGGGUCCGGGUCGAGCCCGUUUGUCCGUCUCCAGCUCGCCGAAAUGCGUGCCCAAAUCUCCUCAGACGGCUCCGACAAGCGCUGGUGGGACUACCGCGACCUCUUCAUGACCCCUGCGGCUCGAAGACGCCUGAUCUGCGUGGUUGGCUUUGCGUGGUUUGGACAGUACUCCGGCAACGCGCUGGUGUCGUACUAUUUUCCAGUCAUCGUAGAGCAGACAGGCAUCACCAACCCGCACACCCAGCUGCUCCUCAACGCGCUGAACCCCGUGGUGUCGUGGAUCGCGGCGAUUCUGGGCUCGCUGCUGAGCGACCGCGUCGGCCGCAGACCGCUGCUGCUGGGCGGCUUCACGGGCUGCGCGCUGUGUCUAGCCGUCGUGACGGGCCUCACCAAGAUCUCCGUCACUUCUGGCGGCGCCGCCGCGGGCCACGCGGGCAUCUUCUUCAUCUACCUGUUCAGCGUGGUCUUUUCGUUCUGCCUCACCCCGCUCCAGCCGUUCUACAUCUCCGAGUGCCUGGCCACCGAGACCCGCGCAAAGGGCAACGCGCUCGGGCAGAUUGUCGCCUCGGUCGCGGGUGUCGUCGGUCAGUACACAACCGGCGUCGCCAUCAGCCACAUCGGCUACUACUACUACCUGGUCUUCGUUUUCUGGGACUGCUUCGAGGUGCUGAUCACUUAUCUAUUCUUUCCCGAGACAAAGGGCCGGACGCUGGAAGAAAUCAACGAGAUCUUCGACGACCCCCGGCCCGUCAAGAAGUCCUUGGAGAAGAAGGAUGCCACGGGCGUCCUGCACGCUGCCUUGAAAGUGGGCGAGGCUUGA